AUGGUGGCCCUUGCACGGCAGACCGGGCGCUUGCUCUACAGAGGGGAGGGGCUCGACAACGGCAUCGAGGCCAUGCUUAUCAACAAGGAGCCAGAUCUGUUCGAGCCUGCCACUUAUGGGAGGUGGGUGGAUCUGAGUGAUGGCAGCCACUCACGUAUUUAUCGUUCACUCAUGUGUCGUGUGUGAUUGGUUGGCUGCAGUGAGCGCGUCAGCCACUUCUUCAAGCAGAUGGACACUGUUCUCAGGCAAAGGGGAGGUCGGGCCCUGCCGUCCAACGGUAAGCAGAUACAGUCCGCACAAUCAACCAGGAGAGCUCAGAAUACCUGCUUGCUCUGUGUGUGUGUGUGUGUGUUUGGGCGUGUGUGUGCGUGUCUGAUGCAGGCCACAUUGCGGUUGCCGACGCUGCAAUUGCCGCGCAGUGGGGCGAGGCUGCAUCGAUAUGGCCAAUCGGUGACUUCCACUGGCUCACUUUCAGAGAAAGGUACAGCACAUACAAAGUGUCCGUUGUGUGCAUAACAUACACGCAUGUCAUGCCCUGCAUUCUACAGGCAAGAGCUGUGGACGCCGUCUGAUGCCAUACACCGAGACCACCAGCUGCCCUCCCUCUCGGCCGUCAGCACCUAUCUCGACGACGUGGGCGCAGCAUGGGACACCACACAGACACGGCGGCUGCUGAGGCGUCCACCAGAGCCCCUCCUUCCACUCAAAGGACGACGGCAGACAUCGCCGGAUGCUGAUGUUGACGACAACAUGCCAGCGGCUCUUGUGGCCGCCAUGAAGAAAGGCAACGAGGUGCUGUUUUCGCCCCCCCGCGGUGCCGCACCGCCGAUAGCCAUGCCGUCGGAGGCCCUGCGUGCUGACUUGGACAGUGGGCGGCUGACGAGAGAGAGGAUCCAAAGCCUUAUCGAUGAUGACAGCGAUACAGACAGCGAGAGUGGUGAUGAGGAGGGGGAUGAUGAUCUGUCGAGCGAGUCGUCAGGGGACGACAGCAGCGCUGCCGGCAGCGAUGGCGAUGGUGGAGAGGGGGAGGACGGCGGGACAAACACACGGAGAGUGGCCUUCAUCGCCGUGUCGGCAAAAUUUGACGAUCAGGUGAGCGUGGGCAGGGGGCGAGGCGCGUGUGUACGCACCCACGGUCAUGCAUCUGUAUUUAUUACGCAGGUGAGGGAGGCGCUCGGCAUCCCAUCGAUCUAGAUGAGUGAUUAACAGUGCUGACAUACAUGAGUGU